UCAAGUUAUACUUCGCAAACAGUCAGCUAUAAAAUUGAUUCAGUCGUCAUGGCGGUGUUCAGAAAUACAUUUUUGUGUUUAUUUUUGGCCGUUGCGUCCCAGGGCUUCCCAGCCCCUGCACCUGAGUCAGGUCUUCCCUCUCUACUCUCCAUAUCCAGUGAGGAAGAACUAGCCCUACACUCCAAGAGAUGGAACAUCACACCAGUACAGAUGUGUACUCUGAUGGGACACCAGAUGACAGUAGCCCAGCCUCUCCUCGACAUCAACCAUCCUUUGGUGUCUCAUCUUCCUUCAAUCGGUGAGAUGGCAAUGUCCGACGCCGUCAUGAUCUGUGAGAAGGUGUUGAACGACGCCAAGGGCCGAGUGGCAACUGUCACUACGAUCGUGGAGGAGACCAGGGAGGAAGUGACUGUCCCUAGGGACUACGUCCUGGAUGGAGAGUUCCAGGAAUUGAGUGACGACCUCAUGGAGUCUAUGGGCUUCAACGAGGAGGACCUGGAGGCUGCCAUGGAAGACAACCAAGAAGCUCUGGUCGAGCUUUUGGAAGAGAAAUACCAGGAGGGAUUCCCAGCUGAGGUCGAGGACAACAAGGUGGAGGAGCCCAAGAAAGUCGACUACUCCAAAUCUGAGCCUUCCAUAGCCGAGAAGCUUGGAAGACUGCAUGUAUAAUUUAAUAUACUUCUGAAUGUGACCUAUGUAGAUUAACUUUUUUAUUUAACUCGUCAAAAUAAAUCGAAAAGUGAAAAGUU